AAAAAUAAUUAUUUACACUCCUUUGUUAAACCAAAAAACCAAUCCUUGUUUACACUCCUCCGCGGUCUGUCGAUCUUUCGCUAGUAACCACCGGACGAGCUAUCACCGCCGGUUAUCAGCACCUGUUACCGCUCUCCGCUCUCCGCCACCGGUUGAAUAUAUAGCAAUGGCAGGAAGAGAAGUCCGGGAAUACACGAAUCUUACAGAUCCGAAAGAUAGGAAAUGGGGAAAGGGGAAAGAUAAAAUUGACGAUGAAGACAUCACUUUCCAGCGCAUGGUUGCUAAGGGAUCUUGGCUUGGUUGAUGCUAACAGAUGCAAGAGGUUGCUGGAGAACGUGGAGGCUACCUUCAUGGGCGAGGCGCCUUGGAUAGUGAUGACUUACUUUAUCUCAAAGAGCAAAUGGAAGCUGAGGAGGAUGCAGAACGCCUUCUUCGACGCACAGAGAAACGGGCGUUUGCUGCAUUUAAAAAAAGCUGCAAGUUUAGCAGAUUCUUCACCAGCAUCAGUUCCCUUGCCACUUCGUGUUGAGCCCAAGCCAAAAAGUGGAAUUAGGCAGCAGGAUCUCCUGAAGAAGGUGGUGGAAGUUAAGCCUAAACGGCCAAGAGUGUCAAACCAUUCCCUCCCGACUUCAAGUGAUCAUUCCUCAGCAAAUUCUAAUUCCAAGGUUGAUCAGGAAAAGAAAGAAUGCUCCUUAGCAGAACCUGGCAAAACAAGCGUGAUUAAUGAGGAGAAGACAGAUGACAGCAAGAGUGAAUCAGAAAAUCCUAUUAGAAGUUUGCUGGGUGCAUAUGCUAGUUCUGAUGAUGAAGAUUGAGGAAUCGAAAAUACUGAGCCAAUGGGUAUAUUACUCUGUUUUUAAAUUGAUAGCUGUUAUAUGCUUAGUAAAAUAUAUAUAUAUUUUUCCAUUUUUUACCAGGACAUUUAGGUGAAUUUUCUGUUUGACAAAUCACUUGUAGAAAGUAAUAUUACACUACGAAAAAAUUUUAAAUAGGCAAUAAUUGCUUUAGUUUCUUAUGGAGAGAGAUUAUUGAAGGACAUUUUAGUCAA